AUGGCCCUCAUCACACUUUUGCUAUUCCCCGUCGUCGGCUUUCUCCUCUAUCAUCUGCUGUCACGCCGCGGAUCAAUUCCACCUAAAGGACUUCGAACCGUCCCUGGUCCCGGCGGAAAAGUUCCCAUCAUUGGCCAUGCCCACCUCCUGAAACCCACAGGCUCUCAACGCCAAUUCAUCGACUGGGCAAACCAGUACGGUGAAGUCUUCUCGCUGCAGCUGGGGUGGGAGAACUGGAUUUUCCUCAACAGUCCUUCGGCGGUGAAGGAAAUUAUGGACAAGCAGUCGGCCUCGACGUCUGGCCGGCCACCAAUGCCCGUUGGCGCCGACAUCAUCUCCGGCGACAUGCGCUUCUUGCUCAUGACCUACAGUCCGCGCUGGCGGCGGUUGCGGGCGAUCGUGCACAAGCUGCUGACUCCAAAGGCGUCGGAUACGUUCAAGCCGAGUCAGGAGUUUGAAGCGAAGCAGUUGCUGCAUGACAUCUUGAAGGAGCCGGAGAAGACGUACGACCAUUGUAGACGCUACACCACUUCGGUUGUGAUGACCUCGACUUAUGGAAGGAGGAUACCUGAGUUUGAUUGCGAAGACACGAAGGAGAUCUACGGGCUGAUGAAGGACUUCACCGAGAAUAUGCCCCCGACCAACGCCUUCCUCCCGGAUCUGGUUCCCCCGCUCGCCAAGCUGCCAACCUGGAUGCAGUGGUGGAGAAAGCCAGCACUCGCCAUGCAAAAGCGCCAAACCGCCAUCUGGACCAGGUACUGGCGCACACUCCUCCAGCAAAUGGAAGAAGGCAAAGCCCCCGAAUGCUUCGUAAAGCAAUUCAUCGAAACUGAGUACCAAAAACAAGACAUCAGCGAAAUGCAAGCCGCCUGGGUCGCCGGCAGUCCGUCUCCCCCCUCCUCCUCCCUCCUUCCCCCCACUAACGCCUUCACCCCAGCCAUGAUCGAAGCCGGCUCCGAAACCACCUCCAGCACCCUCAACACCACCCUCAAAUACCUCGCCGCGCAUCCCCACGCCCAAUCCCGCGCCGCCGCCGAACUCGACGCCGCCAUCGGCUCCACCCGCACGCCCACCUUCGCCGACGAGCCCGCGCUGCCCUACAUCCGCGCCAUCGCGAAGGAAGUCCUGCGGCUACGCCCCAUCACGAACUUCGGCACGCCGCACUACACGACCGAAGCCGUGCGCUACAAGGACUACUGGAUCCCGGCCAACACCGUCGUCACGAUUAACCAGUACGCCUUGCACUACGACGCCACUCGGUACGCGGAGCCAGAGGCAUUCCGGCCGGAGAGGUACCUGGCGUAUCCGCACAAGAGCGGGGUGUACGCGGCGGGGGCGGAUGCGGAGGGGCGGGAUCACUGGAGUUUUGGGGCGGGGAGAAGGAUUUGCUCGGGGAUGCAUUUGGCGGAGAAUAGCUUGUUUAUCACGAUCGCGAAGAUUGUGUGGGCGUUUGAGAUCGCGCCGAGGGAGGGGGAGGGGGUCGAUUUGUCGGAUGAGGGGUUUGAGCCGGGGGUGAAUACGCUGCCGAAGCCGUAUGUGUUGGAGUUUAGGCCGAGGAGUGAGGAGAGGGAGAGGGUGGUGAGGGAGGAGUGGGAGAGGGCGCUGGAGGAGGGGUUUUGGUUGGGGGAGAGGAAGGUUAAUGCUGAGGGGAUGGUGGUGGGGUAA